AUUAAUUUGAAAACAUACGAUUUUUUGAGUUGUGCGUAGUUUUUUAGUGCAUAUUAUUUCAUUGUUUUAUUUUCUGAAUUAACUACAUGUUGCAUAAUAAAUGGCUAGGCCAAGAGCAUAAAGAUAUUAUUUUAUAUGAAAAUAUCAACAAAACAUUACAAUAUCUGUAAAAAAUGUAAAUGCAAGUAGAUUUCAUUUGUAAAUUCGGCUUGCCCUUGAAUAAUAUUAUCAGUAGUAAUACGAUAGUAUUCAGUUAUUCAGAAUUGUUAAGCAGUUCAACGGUGACUGUAAAGCGAGCAGUACGUACAUAAAUAAGUUAGUGAGAUGGCUACAACUGCAUUAAUCAAAUCAACUAAGGCCAUUAAAUUGGUCAGUUGCACCAAGAAACUAGCAGUCAGAUAUUUUACUACUCAGCUAACAGAACAGCAAUUAGACAUUCAGAAGACAGUUAGAAACUUUACUAAUGAGCAACUUAAACCAUAUGCAGCUAAAUUAGAUAGAGAGGGAAGAUAUCCUUUCAAAGAGAUAAAGAAACUGGCCGACGUUGGAUUUAUGGGGGCUUGUGUCGAUCCAGAAUAUGGAGGUUUGGGAUACGACUAUCUUUCUUUGGCACUCGCUGUUGAAGAAUUAUCCCGAGGGUGUGCCAGCACGGGUAUGCUUCUCUCCAUACACAACUUCCUCUACGCUAAUCUGGUGAACGAGAAGGGUACACCAGAACAGAAGGAAAUGUUCUUAAGGAGUUUUACCCAGGGAUGUAUUGGUUGCUUCGCGCUAAGUGAGCCUGACGCCGGCAGUGACGUAGCAAAUAUCGGUACAACAGCAACAAAAGAUGGUGACCACUGGAUUAUUAAUGGCAAGAAAAGCUGGGUUACUUCAGCUAUAGAAGGCUCAGCCACUGUUGUGUUCGCGACUUUUGACCCAGCGCUGAGACAUAAAGGAAUUGUUUGUUUUCUAGUUCCACUUGACUGUGAGGGUGUUUUUCGCGGUAAGAAGGAAGAGAUAAUGGGAGUAAGCACCCCCCACAGGGCGGCAACAGCUUGCACUUUAACCCUGGAGGAGGUCCGUGUGCCGAACAGCCACGUGGUGGGUCAACCAGGGGAAGGUUUUAAGAUCGCCAUGGGACAACUUGAUCAAGCUAGGAUUGGUAUUGCUGCGCAUGCUGUAGGCAUAUCUCAGGCAGCUUUAGAUACUGCAAUAAGCUAUGCUAAACAGAGAGUUGCAUUUGGAAAAAGUUUAUCAAGACUACCCUCAGUUCAAGACCGACUAACAGAAAUGUCAGUUAUGGUUGAAACGUCGCGCCUUCUUACGUAUCGAGCGGCGACUCAGGUUACGACAAAAAAUAGUGCGAUGGCAAAGUAUGUGGCUGGACGAAAUGCGGCCGCAGUGGCUGAUCACUGCGUACAGAUAAUGGGAGGGAAUGGAUUGUCCACUAAAUAUAACGCUGAGAGACAUUAUAGAGACGCAAGAGGAACGCAAAUCUACGGCGGAGUUACGGACAUACAGAAACGUUUAGUCGGACAUUUCCUACUCAAAGAGAAUGACGCUUUGUGAUACAAUCAUAAAAAAGUAUAAAAGAUAUAGAUAUAAAUAAAAUUAUGAACUUAACGUCACAAAUACAAAUUUGUCACUACAAUAAAUCAGACAAUAAUAUGUGCAUUUAAAUACAAAGUCGUUUGAAGUUCUAUUUAAAAAUACACAGAGUAACAUAUCGCAAUAUAAUUGUAUAAAUUCAAUAUAGAAAAUAUAUUAUCAAUUGGAUUUUUUAUAUUGAAUACUUGUUUAAUAGUUUUAAGACUGAAAAGCAUUUAUAAUAGGUGCAAGUGUACGUAUAUGGCAUUCCAUAUAUCCGAAUUUACUAAGUCACAGAUUAUUAAACAGUCAAGUAUAUACGUCAAUAUGAUGACAGUGUUGACAGCACACAGAUUAUAUCUAGUUACACACAGAGUUAUGUUUGUGGUUUCGUUUAUUCCAAGUACAACUACGGAGCGCUAUUCAAGUUUAUCAUACAAGUAUUUUAGUAUCAAGUAAUUGGUAAAAUUAACCCUGAACAAACACACACAUUCACAAACAGUUUUUUAUAAUCUUUUUUGCAUAUAGAAUAACGAUAUAAGGUGUCAAAUAAUAAUUGUGAAAUAUAUUAUAUAAUUUUAAGUUGAAAGUACAUUUGACAAGUUAAUUUUAAGUACAAUCAUUUUUUAGUUUGAAUCAGCGCCUAAAUAAAGAAUACGCGACGCUUAUUAUGUUUGUCUUGCAUUUUACGUGAAAACGUUUGAGACAACAGUGUCUUUAACGUUUACACCGGUAACCGAACCGGAUAGAAACGUGUUUUUUGCACAAAGUCAAAGUUUCAUAACAUAAAGUUAAAAAAAAAAGUGUUAAAAUGUAUUUAUAUUUUCUAUAGUCUAUGAUGUAUAAUGUUACGUAUUGAUAAGGUUAUUAAAUGGUAUAGCUGAAAAUUUUAUGUGUACAAGGGCUUAUUCUAAAAAUAUGUAGUAGCAAUAUUGCUCCUUUGAUUUUAAAUAUACUCGAAAUUGUUAUUUUUCUAUGUUGUUGACAUAUUAAAGUUUAUUUUGAUUUA